GACUUGCAUUGGCUUGAAAAGCGUAUAUUGGUCGAUCUGGAAGGUGCCACCAUUACUGCCACCAUCGAUGCUGCAGCUACGGAAAGGUCCAUUGGUAUGUUCGUGGGCCGACUGGGACGGCUAGGUGAACAUACUUAUUUCUACCACUACUUUCCGCUAAGCUUGCUAAGUCCGGCUGAAAUGGACUCGAACGACUCGGAGAUAGCCUCUCUACGUGCCCAAGUGGAGGCACAACACGCAGAAAUAGAGAGGCUUCGCCGGGCAUUGUCGCGCGAACAGGCUCUUUCAAGUGUGAUUGACGCAGCUUUGAAAAAGGAUGAUGUGUCGCGUUACAGCAGGCAGAUGUUGCUGCCUGGAUUUGGCGUUCAAGGACAGAAAGCACUUAAAUCGGCGUCUGUGCUAAUAGUCGGUGCUGGUGGCCUGGGAUGUCCAUGUGCGGCGUACUUGGCUGCUGCUGGAGUUGGACGAAUAGGCAUUGUAGAUUUCGAUGCCGUAGAAAAAAGCAACCUCCAUCGACAGAUCCUGCACUCUGAGGCCAAAGUGGGCAUGUCCAAAGUAGAUUCCUUGGUGCUCGCUCUUAGGCAGCUGAACUCGCAACCGGAGUACGUACAUCACUCUGCAGUUCUUGACAGCUCCAAUGUCUUUGACAUCGUUGGCAGGUACCAGGUAGUGGUCGACGCCAGUGACAAUGCAGCCACUCGGUACCUGGUGAAUGAUGCAUGCAUGUGCCUGGGCCGGCCGCUGGUGUCAGGCAGUGCCCUGCGCUGGGAGGGGCAGCUCACGGUAUAUGGAUACCGUGGUGGGCCCUGUUACCGCUGUCUCUUUCCACAGCCACCACCCACCUCCACCGUCACCAACUGUUCGGAGGGAGGUGUCAUAGGCAUGGUUCCUGGUGUUAUUGGCUGUAUGCAGGCACUCGAAGUGGUGAAAAUCCUCACUGGCUGUGGAGACGUUUGCUCUGGGAAGCUGCUCCUGUUUGAUGGUGCCGAUGCAAGGUGGCGGCAUGUGAAAAUCCGGGGUAAGCUGCCUGACUGUGCUGUCUGUGCCAACCCAUCGACGGCUCCUGCUGUACAGGACUACACUGCUUGGUGUGGGACAGGACCAACUAAUAAGUGCUGUGGCCUCUCUUUGCUACCCAAGGAGCUGCGGAUUUCCUGCCAGGAUCUGAGAGACCGACUUCUGACCAACCAGCCCAGCUGUCUUUUGCUGGAUGUUCGGCCUAAGUGCCAGUUCGAGAUGUGCCACCUUCCCAAAAGCCUCAACAUUCCCCUUGAGCAGCUGGAUAAUGAACUCGAUUCAUUGGAGAAAAGACUGGCACAGAAGACAGAAGUGGUGGUAAUAUGUCGCCGUGGCAACGACUCUCAGCUGGCGGUGGAAAAGUUGAGACAAGCUUGGAACCAAGCGGUCAAGGUUUGCGAUGUUCGAGGUGGCCUGGAGGCCUGGGCCAGAACAGUGGAUCCAGAUUUUCCCAUAUACUGAAAUCUUUGCAAUGUUUGCAAGAUGAUGCAUUUCUAGACCACGACACUAUUAACCCAGAGGCCAAGGCAUUUACUCUGGUUAGUCAUAUCUAAUCAACAUCCUGUUUUUCAUGCGAAUUAUGACCAAAGUGAUAAAGAGUGCUUAGAUUUAACACAAAUAAUAGAAUUGUUAAACGCCCAAGUGAAAAAUAAUGUUUCCUCACAGAUAAACUCGAGCAGUUCAAAGUCAUUUCAAAUAUAGCAAAAAACACACCAAGCUUGAGUAGGCAAAUUGCAACUUGCUUUGACGACACUAGCUUGUAGUUGCUUACUUAUGGUGUCUAUGAUGCAGGAUCCAUGAAGCCACCCUAGCAAAUCAAUUAUCCUUCCUUUCCUCUAACCAUGUAUGUUAUGCGGCACUUUCUCAUGACACUGGCUUAAGUACUAAAAGCUUUUUCUUUUCAGUCUGGCUGUACAAUAACAAAGAGGCUGAUUAGAUUUUAUUACAGUCUUAUAAUUGUGGUGAUUACUACUCAGACUGCAUAUGUCUAUAUUAUGCUGCCUGCUGAAGGUUAGUGGAAUUUCUUAAUUUUUGCAGAAUGCCUGCGUUAAGUUAACUUUAAGUUAAAAUUAUGGGGUUUUAAAGCCCAGAGUAACUCACAGGCUCCGAGUGUUGUAAUGGGAGGCUCCGAAGUAAUUUGAAUCCCGUUGUGGUAUUUUUGUGCCCCAGCGUUUUUGCUUUCCAGCCCCAUCACCUCGUUCUUGGCGUUGGCAUUGAGCACAGUGGCGGAUCCGAGGUUUUUUGGCAGCCACAGUGAAAUUUUAGGAAAUCACCGAGGCGGGCUUUCCCACACAGUGCCUCUUAGUGUGGGAAAGCCACCUUUGAUGUUGGAGCACAGGAGACAAAUUUGCUAUUCUCAUGCAUGCAAGCAGCACGUGCAAGAUUAUGGCCAUUAAAUAAUAUUACGGCCUCACAUCUCAUAAGUUAUCGCAAAUCCCUCAACAGGAACUGACUGCAGUAGAGAGUCAACAAAGUGUAGCCUAGGGUUGAGCAGGUGUUGGCAAGGCGCCAUUCUUGUGUGCGUGGAACUGUGCUCCACGAUGAAACCUACUUGCAGUAUUUCUGCACUGCCUUUUCAUGUUCGGCUGUACCACCAUUGUGACACAUUGAUAGUCGUUAAAGUUUCAGUGUCA